AUGAAUUCCACAGCAGCAGUGAGUAACUUCACCAAAUGCCUGGACUUUGAGCUCUGGAACAAUGGUCUUAAAGUUCUCCAGCUACUCAUAGUCUACCGAGUCACUCUUACGACGUAUCUGGGUCUACCGAUUUCUCUCAUUGGCAUUGUGACCAGUGCGAUGAGUGUUAUUCUCUUCUCGAAAGAUCAUCUAACACCACCGACAACUCGUCGGCUCCUCCUGUCCAUGUCUGUGGUCGACAUAGUCUUUCCACUGGCCUCAACUCUCUACCUUCAACCAGUGAUGCUCUGCGGUAGAAAUUGUCGCUACGUUGGAAUUUUCUUCUCCGUCAGCUACCUGCUUCCCGUGAGCUCGCUUGUCAACAUCUUUGAGAUGCUUCGCAAUUGGCUGGUUGUUCUGAUUUGCGUAGAGCGCUUCAUAAUCACCUGUUAUCCCCUGAAAGCGAGGCGCUGGUUAAGUGUGGCGAAGGUGAAUGUCCUGGUUGCCGUGUGCGCCAUCUCUUCGGUGCUAUUCCGGACACCCUACAUGGCGUCGAUAGCCGUGGAGAAGUGCGGCAACGCCUACGCCAACACACUCCAUCGCCUCCGUCAGAUCCAUUCGACGACCGACGCCAUCAUGGUCACCCUUCUGCCCCUCCUUAUCCUCACUGUCUGCAGCGUGCAGAUAUGCCGGUCAAUCAGACACGCGGAGCUAACGCAUGGAAGGAUUGGACGCAAGUCAGAACCGUUGCGUAGAACACGCGGAAAAGUGACACGCGUGCUCCUCAUAGUCAUUGUCGUCUUUGCCAUUCUGAUGCUACCGCUGGUGCCGGUCAAUAUCCUCGCAUUCAAUUGGUUCCCCGAGGGGGCCGCGUGUCGCGUUUUGAUUGCCCGACAAAUCUUCUCCCCCCUCGCUGUGUUCGGUUCGCUGUUGCACUCAGCAGCCAACUUCUUCAUCUACGUUGUCUACUGGGGCAAGUACAGGCGAAUUUUGAUGGAUUUAUUCAAAGGAACCGACCGCCAGACGCGAGGCCUGAGCAGAACCUCAACACUGCACACCAAUGAUGUGAUCAGUUCAAGGUCGUUUGGUGUGCCAUUGUCCUCGAAAAUUCAUCUCAAACACAAUUUCCCUGAUUCCGUUUGUUGA